UUGUUUCGAUUCUCUGUUGCACAAAACGGGAGUCAGUCAGUGAAAACGGAUCGUACGGGAUCGUAAGAAAAUUGAUUAGAAAGUAAUUUAUAAUUAGGUACAUCAAUGAUCUUCAGCGAUCGAUGAAAAAACCGUAGAUCAAAUCGUAUAGUGCUGAUUUGUGAAUCGUUAUCGCUGCAAAAUAAAUUACGGUGGUACCGCGAGAGGUUCCGUCGUCAGCCAAAUGAAAAUGACCGCCCCGCGACUAGUGGCUCGGGCUAGUCGCAGUAGAUUCUUCAUAGGCCUUGGGUUGCUGGUACUGAUGGCUGGAUUCGUGGCAAUUUUCCAUAGCUCACAGCAACAGUUAGAUGAACUGCGACAGCUUGGAAUCCGAUGCGAGCAGCAGCAAGAAGCCAUUUCAGCAAAAAUGCAAGUGGUAGUAGAUCAGAAGCUCCGGCUGGAAAACUCGCUAGCUUCCGAGCGAAUGAUCAACGAACAGAAUCGACUAGAGCAGCACCAGAAAUCCCAGGGGGAAAAGGAACAGCACAACAAGGCUACGAUGGAAGCCAACAUUCGGUACGCUUCGCUACAGCAGCACUACAAUUUGAUUAAGACCCAAAAAGAUGAUUUGGAAGAAGAAUGCUCCGAAAUGAAAAAGAAACAGUCUGAGGAGAUUAAUGCACUGAAGUUGAAGGUCACCGAGUUGCAAGGAAAGGUUUCUCUUUUCCAGAAAGCUUCUGUGACCGACGCAGAACAUUUCAAGAAUCAAAUUGCACAACUCAAACAGGAGAAGGCUAAUAUGGAAAGCUCCUAUCGACAGAAGUUGACAUACAAGGACAAAACCAUAGAUAAGUUGAAGGAACAUAAUGACAAGAUGGAGAAAGAGAAUGCUCAAUAUAUUGAGCUUUGCCAAAUCCCACCGGAGAAAAUGCCCCACCACGUCAAAGCGAGCGAUGUCUUCAAUCAACUUCCGCCUAGCAUUCCCGAAUCGGGUCCACUGAGAAACUUCGCCGAACAGAUUUCCGUGAGUCAAGAUUUGUACAAAAUUCCAGUAGUAUUGAGCAACCGUACUAACCACAUUGGGUCCUUACCCGAAGGUUCUCCCAAUGAUCAGCAACUAGAUGGUCACGGUGUUAUUGCUAAGCCUUUUGAAAUUAAUGAUCAGAUUAAGCCAAAGCCUGGAUCUGCCGUUGAUGGUGGUGUGAUUAAUUCUGUGGAAAAUUUUCAGAUGAUUCCGAAGCCACUGCCGCUCGUUUCAACCAAUGAAGAAAACAAAAAACAAAUUGCACAAGCCAGCAAUGUCCUUCAACAGCCUCAGUUGAUGAAAACAUCCACAUCGAUUCCAGCCUCUCUGAAUAAGAAAACUUCAGAACGAAACAGCAAUUUCCAGGUUCCAAUAUUAGCUGCUCCGACAGUGAUUCCUCCGGAUGGUGCCAAAUCAUCGUCUUCUACUACCAGUACCACAACUCCGAGUAAUGGCUCGGUAAGAAAGCCUGCUAGUAAACUUCGUACCAAAACUCUCCCGGUUGGGGUUGUUCCUUUCCCUGACAAUAUGGAAGAUUUGAUGAAGGUGGAGGAAAACAAUAGCGAAAAUGCGAUUAACAAUCGCUAUCUCAAUGUGGCGUCUCAUCAGAAUGCUAAUGCCAAAAAUGAGAAACGUGCACGUAGUGACAAAGAUCUAAACUUCAACAACGCCGACCAGGAGAAUGGAGCACAUGAAGUUUUGAAUGAUAAUGAUUUCAAUCUCGGUGGUGGUGGCGGCGGAGCUGCUGGUGCUAAUAACAACCAACUGCAACAACCGAAUCUCAAAGAAGCGAAUCAGAACGGUGAAAAUGCCGCCGAGGAAGACACCAAUUUGUACGAUCAGCGGAUAUUCGGAAACGGCCAUCCGCAGCAGCAGCAGCAACAUGGCGACUACAACGAUUUGCACCACCAUCUGGAUGAGCCGCGGAAUGGGGUAGCGGGUAAGAACGGAAUCGGUGAAAAGUUGAUCAACGAAAUCGUGCGUGACCAUGGCAAGGAAGGUGAUAAUUACCCAAAUGAAAUGGAGGAGGAUUUACAUCUGGAUGGGUUACCGGAAGCGGAAGAUGAAGGAGAUGAUGGGGAAUAUGAUGAUCCUAACGCCAUGAAGCAAGGACAUGCAGAGCGUAACUGAACUAUGCCGUGGAGUGAGUUAUGUUGUAGUGUUGAGAAUACUACUUUGUCGGAUUGGUACCUACGUAGAAUGAUAUUGCGGUGAAGCCGAUAGUGUAGGUUAGUAUAAAAGUGUUACUUUUCACAUUUCGAUGCAAUGUUCCGACGACCAACUAUGUGCAUAUGCCGUUGCAUCGAUUCCUAGGCCAAGUAGCGUAGUUUGUAUCGUGGAUUCGAAAAGAUGCGACAUGCACGUUUACUAUAAGUUUUGGCUUUAAGGCAAUCAACACUGUUUCCGUACAUUCACGCGUACAUAGCAUUAUUUUGUAUAAAUAGACAUACGAUAAGAUUAUUGUGGCAACUAUGCAAAAUAGUAGCAUCUUCCGUACAUGUUAUAGCUAAAGAUCGUAAAUUUCUAUUGCCCUGGCCUAAAAGGGCUUUUCAUACUAGAUUUAUUUGUUUUUUGUUAGAAGGUAUAUGCUCAAUAGACCUUUUCCAUUUUCAAGUAUUGAAUUCAAUGGUUUUCGUUAUGUUUGUGCAGAAAACCUUAUGAGCGGAUCUGUUUGGUGAGGAAUUAUUGAACCCUCCCAUUUCUAUUCGCCUUGUCGGAAGAGGUUCUCCAGAACAAGUGCAGUUGCGUAAAGUCAUGGAAAUUCGACAUAGUGAAUAAUAGGGGAUACAUAUUUACAAUCCUUAUAAAAUUUUGAAAAAGUUACUUUGAACAUUUGCAUUACAUACAUGGGUUAGACUUUUGAUAAGCUACAUAAUGAUGCAGUAAUUGUGAUACUUAUUAUGAAGCAGGUAUGAAAUCUAACCAAUGAAUUAUUGGCAGCGGCUGGUUUUCAAAUAGCCAGUAUGAGUAAAUAUCCAGAAAUGGCGAAAGACAUCUAACACGGGUUUUCUGAAAAUUAGGAACUUUUCAUGAAAAACUAUUUGGUACCGGUUAUGUAGGAAGGUGUCCGCUACCCGAGCAAAGUUUGAAAUCAAAUUGAAAUCAAAAUUUGCUGUCAUGAUGUCAAUUAUUUGAUUACUUCAGUUGAUCUCGUUUUGUAUGGAUUAACGGUUAACACAGCAGGAAUGAGAGAAUAUUUUUACACUGUGAAAUCAUACUGAAAACACAUUUUGCUAUCAAUGAAAUCAACAUGAUUACUAAAUUUGAUAUCAUAAGAUUUUUAAUUUGAUAACAAAAUGAGUAUUCAAUUAGAUUGUGUUUAUGAGCAUUCAUAACAACAACAGAAUAUUUUGUUUGCAGAUUGCUUUUAAUCUUCGUAAAACACAUAAUUAGAUAAUCGACAGCAUAAUUUGAUGUAAAGCUGCUAUCAUUAUGAUAACUGAGGAAUGCAUAUUGAAAACAUGUUGCGAUAUCAAUUUGUAUUAACUAACAAUUGACAUCAAAUUUUGUUUUCAAUAUAAUCUCAACAGCAGAGCUUAAUAUCAAUUUGCUCUCAUUUUGUUAACCGACUUUGCUCGGGUACUACGCCUACCAAAUAUGUUUUCGAUAAAGGUGCUUUAUUUUGAGAAAUCUAACCUUUGAUGCCUUUCGCCAUCCUGAGCAGCACAAGUCAGACCUAAAUGGUUGCAGCAACUUGAUUGUGACUAAAUAUGGUCACAUUUAAGUUGCAGUAACCUAUGUGAAACAUGUGUGCGGCUCUUGAAACUGAUUUCAGAAAGUUAACUCCUAGUGUGCCGCUGUAAGCACACUCAAACUGGGCGAUUCAUUGCUUCUUAUUUUGAAUCAUGAAAUGUUGAAUUAAAAAAAAUCUUUCUUCAUUUACCACGUUUAAAUUCCAUGAUUUCAGGCACGCCGUAAAUUAUCGCUUGCUUUUGAGAGACUCUAUUCCACAAAAUAUAUUUUUCAAAGGAAAUCUGUUUAACAGUACAGAAAGUCAAUAAGUAGGGUUUCUGUGUCGGUUCUGUAUCUCAAUGGUUUUUUAUUCACCCUAGCUAAUACGAAAGCAACGAACGACUAGUUUUUUAUCGUUUGUGUGUUUUUUCGCAGUUGGCACACACGUUCAAGACAAAAUUUUCAAAACGACUUAUCUGC